GUAUCAACCGUCUUCGCUUCUCAUCCCAACUGGAACACACAACGUCUCGCCUUUCCUUUUUCUCCGUAAUUGUUAUGGCCUUUUCUUCCACCCUCUCUCCCUCUUCUUCUUCUAUACUCUCUUUCUCCUUCUCCUCCAAUCUCCGCCUCCGUCCCAGUCACCACCAUCGUCUUAUCGUCACCUCUCGAGUCCCGUCACCUCUCCGAGCCUACAGAAAAUCCUCGAACUACCCCCAGGAUACGGUAGUGGUGGUCCCUGAUCCUCGCGCUUGGAUCGGCGAUCUCGGCGAAGGCGAGAACAAUGAAGAUGACGACGAUGAGGAUGAUGAAGAGGAGGAGGACGAUAGGAGCUUGGAUCUUCUUGCGAGAUUCAUCGAGAAUGUUUUCAGGAAGAUAUCUCGUCGAGCUCGAAAGGCGGCUCGAUCCGUCCUCCCGUCAUCCAUCUCUACCAAAUUGGUCAGGUUUUCAGUGAAUGGAGUUUUGAUACUGGCCUUUCUGUGGAUUCUUAAAGCAUUCCUUGAGGUAGUCUGCGCUGUGGGGACUAUGGUGUUUGUGAGCAUUCUUUUUGUCCGUGGAGUAUGGUCUGGAAUAUCUUACAUUAGGGAGCGCCAAUAUUAUCACUACAUUGACAGAAUGGACAAUGAUGAUAGAGGUGCAUGGACUGGCGCUCAGCCAGCAACUUGAUUCAUCUGUUGCAUCAUAUGAGCUCACAAAUUCUUCAAAUUGGAGCAGAAGAUUGAAUAAAAUUAUAUGAGUCAUGUAUUCGUAAUUUAUAGGAGGAACGAGAACAGGAAGUUAACCUCCCACUUAGAUGAUGCAGGAUUGAACAAUACUUGACAACAGUAAUGGUCAUGUAGACUAUGUGGAGAUAAGUUCUAUGUAUCAGUCUAUUACAAGAAAAUAGCACGCUGUUUAAUGGAUGUAUUCUUAUUCUUCAAGUAGCAACGUUAAUCGCUCUGUGAAUUGGAGCAGAUCUACGUCCGACGGAGGAAGGAUUUUUGUAAUGAUAGUUUUUAUCUCUAUGUUACCGCUCCAAACAGCGUCUUUGUGUUAUGGAGAGAGCACAUGAAAAACUUUCAAGCUCUAUGCAUUAUAAUUGCUGUUAAAGAGAAGGGUGACGUUUAUUUUA